UAUAUAUAUAUAUAAUUUCUAACAUUGAUGUUAAAAAAUGAUUGAUAUAACAUAUAAUGUGUGAUUCUAAAAACAUUUUUAAUUAUAAAAUUGUUAAUUUUUUCAUCAAAUUCAAAUUGUUUCAAUAAUUGGAAUUUCUUCGAUAAUUGUAGACAACUUCAUUUGUAUAACAAGCUUCACAGGUUAAUUUUAUCUAUGUUCAAAAAAAAUAGAACGAAUUACUGAUUAUUUAUAAAUAAUUUGUGAUGUGAUCUUUCAUUUAAAAAGUACAUAUUUUAUUAAGCUCAUUAUAAGAUAUGUAUAACAAAUUAUAUAAUUGCAAAAACAAAUUACUAAUGAAAAAAAUAUAUUGAUUUAAAAAUAUCUUUAAUUAUUAAAAAAAAAUUUAAUAUUAAAUAAUUAAUAUAAAAAAUCGAUAAAUAUGAAAACUGAAACUUCUUGGAAACGUCGAUUUUUACGGAAAAGAUUGAAAUAUACAUUAAUUUGUGUUUUCAUAGCUGCUAUUAUAUUCGUUGUACAUCAAUUAUUUUAUUUCAAAGAACUUAAUCAAGCGAUUGUAGGAAAAUUAAUAAGUGGAUCUGUACGAACAUCUAAUUAUAUUAUUACUGGUAAAAUAAACUCAAAGUGGAAUGAACCAUUGCAUUCAAAACUACUUCGUGAUAAACACGGUCGAACCGUAUCAUUACGUGGUACGCGUGAUCAAGAUAUUUCAAAAUAUUUACCAAAUGUGCGAGGAAAAUUUGUUUGUAUCGUAUCAAAAGAUGAAAUAGAUUUUAUUAAAAUUAACGAUAAUUAUUGUGAUUGUCCUGUGGAUGGUAGUGAUGAACCUGGUACCAAUGCAUGUAACAAUGGUAUCUUUAAUUGUGAACUUUCAUCUUCACAAUCUAUAGUAAAAAUACCAUCUUAUAAAGUUAAUGAUGGAUAUUGUGAUUGUUGCGAUGGAUCUGAUGAAUGGGCUGAAAUUAAAAUAUCACAUUUAAAUAAUGUUUUAAAAAAGCAUAAAUCAAAAUUAAUCAUGCAAUGUGGUUCAAACGUGAAUACAACAAUGUGGGAUCCUGUUCAAAUAUUUACUCAUCAUUCACAUUAUAAAUAUGCUGUUGUUAUAUUGAACAGUCCACUUUAUUGGAAAGAUGACAUUUUACUUCAAAUUUGGAAGAAUGCUCAAAUUAAUGUUACUGUUGAUGGUGGGACAUACAAGUGGUUAUGUUACUUAAAAGAACAAGGUAUUGAUUUAUUAAAUGAAAAUCAUAAUGAAUAUGUGCCAAAUUUAAUUACUGGUGAUAUGGACAGUUGUUCUCCUAUAAUUCUUGAAAAACUGAAGAAUAUGGGAUCAAUAAUUAUUGAAACACCUGAUCAAGAUCAUACAGAUUAUGCAAAAGCUUUGUUUCAAUUGGGACAAUAUGUAAAGAUGAAAAAUAUAAAACUAAAUAGAAUAUACGUGUUCACAGACUUCUCAGGAAGAUUUGAUCAUAUCAUGGGAAAUAUUAAUACACUUUAUAAAAGUGAUACGCUUAUUGAACAUGUACAAGUGAUUCAAAUUGCAAGUGAUUCAAUGACAUGGAUUUUAAGACCAGGAUUUCAUAGUAUAAUUAUUCCUAAAAUUUUAAUACAAAGUAAUAGCUGGUGCGGACUUUUACCAGUUGGUGCACCUGUGAACUGUAUAAUAACAACUGGUUUAAAAUGGAAUUUGAAUAAUGCAACUUUACAAUUUGGUGAUUUGGUAAGUACAUCAAAUACAUAUGAUAAUUGCUCUGAAGUAACUAUCAAUACAGAUUCACCAGUAAUAUGGACUAUGGGUAUUGAACCACUACAAAAAAACACGCAUGAUUAUGAUAUAUCAUCAAAUACAUUUUGAUGAUAUUUUUGUUUAGUUACUGAUUUUCAAUAUUUACAAUAUUUUAAGUUUUUGUAUAGUAGAAAAGAAAAUAUUUUGAUAAAUUAUAUUUAAAAAAAUAUAUAUAUAUAUAUAUUCUAUAAGAUUAAUAUUAAUUCUGCUAUAUUGUGGAUACAUAUUUGUCUUUUAAAAUUAUAUGUAUAUUUUAUUAUAUUUAUAACUUAUUUAAAAUGCAGAAUAUUAAACAAUUUUUUAUUAAUUUAAAUUAUAGAAAUAUAAAAGAAAAUCUUCUUUAUAUAUUUAAUAUAAUUUGUGUUUAUGAGUUUGUAAGAUUUAUGAGGUUAUUUUUUAUUAUAUAAUUUUAAAGAUAAUAAGAUAAAGAUUUUAUUUCUAAUAAUAUUUUAAAAUAAAUUAUAAAAGAAAAAUUGCAUAAUAAAUGCAUAUUAGAACUGUAUUAAUCACCAGAGUACUACAUUGUUUUUAUAAGAAUGUAAUAAUUCAAGUAGUACUUAUAAUAACUAGUCCAGUUUUCUUUUCUACUUAUACAGAAUGAAUUUCAGGUUCCUAAUUUUAUUUUGAUAUUCAUCAUUCUUAAAUUAUAAAAAAAUUUACAAAAAUGCACAUGACAAAAUUUAUAAAGAUAAUAAUUAUUAAUAUAAUUAAAUUAAUAUUAUAUUUGAUUCAUUUGAUAUCAUUUAAUACAUAAUAUUUAAAUCAUAUUUUAAUUGAUAUUGUAUAUUUUAACAAAUUCAACUAUAUAUUUUAAUCCAUGAUAUUUAAAAUUGUGUUAAACACAUUAUGAAAGCAAUAAUGUGUAUAUAUAUAUAAUAAUUAAUGUAAAAAAAAAUAGAAUAGUUGUAUUCUUUCAAGUUUUAUUUGAAAUAUGAAUUUUGAUGACAAAUAUGAUAUAAUUAUAUUUAAAAUAUUAAAUAAUUGAUAGUCAUUUAGCUAUUGCAAAAUAGUAUAAAUAUAAAUAUAAAUAGUAGCUAUAUAUAAUAGUAUAUCAUAAAAUUUCUGUAUAAAAGUCAAUUUUGUCAAUAAUAAUUAAACCCAGUAUUAUAUACAUUCCUUUAAAUUUCACACUUAAAAUUAUUAGUAAAAAUAAAUUAUGUUUCUGAUUUGGAAAAGAAAUAAAAAUAAUAUAAGAGCAUAAAAAUCUAAAUAAAACUGAAUAUAUUUCAAAGUUUUUUCAUUUACUUCAGUUUGUUAUUAUUUUAUAUUUUUUCUAAAUUUUAAUUUUUUUGAAAUUUUAUGAAAAGUAAAUAUAAUCUAUAUAAUAAUUAAAUAUUUGAUUGUGAUAGAUUAAAUAUAAAAUUAAAAAUAAUCCUAAAUGCUAAUUUGUUGAGUUACUUACAUUAAGUCAAAAGUAUUGCUAUUGUUUAAAGAAUUUAAAGAGAAUUUGCACAAAUUUAAUAAUAAUUAUAAUAGUAAUAGUGAUAAAUAUUUUAUAUAAAAAUCAAAAUUCUGAAAUUAAUAUUAUAAAAGUGAUUAUUUUAAUAUAUCAUAUAUAAAAAUUGUAUAAAAUUAAAAAUAUUUGUAUAUAUACAGAUGUAUAUACAAAUAUUUUAUACAUAUAUAUAUAUAUAUAUACAAACAAACAAUUAAUUAUCUUAAUAAACAAUUAUCUUUUUGCUUUUAAUUUGAAGAUUAAAAAUUAUAUCAUUGUUCAUAAUAAAAUAUAACUAAGCAAAUAAUGUUGAAUAUAAAAUAUGUAUGUAUUUAUAUUUAUUUAUAUAUAUUUUUCAUAAUUGAUAUGUUAAUUAGUUAGAACUUUUAUAAUGAAAAAGUGUUAAGUCAAUUAUGAAUCUCAAUUUGAUUGUAUAAAUAUAUUUUUUUUGAAAAAAUUCUAUAUAUUAUAUUAUAUAUUAUAUUAUAAAUAAUAAUAAUAAAAAUAAUAAAAUAAA